AUGGCUUCUCAAGAUCCUUCAACCUUCGAUCUUCCUUCUCUCUCCUCCUCGAUUCUUGUAAAAAAGACUGGAAUAAAUAGACCACAACUAGGGGGUGUUGGCCAAAGGAUAAGGCAUUAUCACUCGAACCAGAAGCUAUCUUUGGAUUUCUGCGAUCCAAAUGAGCAUAAAGGAUAUUUAUCAUGUAGAAAUAAUGGGACUGAAAAACGCUUCUUGGAUUCUGAGUCACCUCCAGCCAGCAGAAGUCUAUUGAAACCAAGGAUGACUUUUGAUCAGGGUGGUAGUGGUGAUGAUGCGUCUGAUGUUGAUAACAGAUCAGAGGCCGACGAUGAGGCCAAGGACGAGGCUGAGGAGGAGGAGGAGGAGGCCAAGGAGGAGGUCGAGCAGAAAUCUACUGACUUCUGA